AUGGUGCUAUCGAUAAGCAGACACCACACCGUUGUUGCACGGCGCGCCGCAUGGUCGUUGAUGCCGCUGCAGCUGAUAGUAGGCGGCGCCUGUGUACUGCUGAUGCUUCAGGAUCAUCAUCAUCGCGCGGUGGAGGCUACGAUACCGACCAUCGAUAAUAUCGUAAAAAUUCUACAAUCACCCGUCGUACAGCAGUUGAUUCUUCCGCGACCUUUGGUAGCGGCCGAUCCGACCGUUGUUGCCGACGAACCGUCAUCGGGGCCGUCGUCGAUGAGCAUGAGCAUGAUGUUGAAAGAUCCCGUCAAACCAUCGCAGGCAAACGACGAUGCCGCCACCGCCGCAAAAAUGGGUACGAAAGACAGCAAGCAGGCGCAAAACAGUGCCCGGGAUGAAGCAGUCCGGACGACGUUCCUGAUACCACGCACCCGAUCCUUGCCGGGCUGUCCACUGUGCGAUGCUUCGGUGUAUAGCUACUGCGACGAGAAGGUGUACCACGACGCGUGCUGCUGCGGUUCCAUCAACGGUGCCGCCCCGUUCGGUGGAGGCGGAGGUUUCGGAGGGUUCGGUGGCUUCGGUCGACAGGGGUUCGGUGGACCGGGUGGCUUUGGUGCUCCUGGCGGCGGAGGUGGCUGCGGCUACCAAGGUUGUGGAUUCCUUUACGCCAACUCCUGCUAUGAACAUCAGCUGAUAGUGAACUGUUGCUGUAAUUCGCCAUACUAG